AUGAAGAAAAAGUAAGUCUUCAUCUAGUUAGAUGAAAGCGAUGAAGACUUGAAUUUGCUUCCAAGUGAAGAGCUAAAGCAAAGCAGUCACUAGCAGGACCAAAGUGAAAUUAGGGAAAAUAGAAGCACUAAUAAUUUAGACAUCACACCGGAAAUCAGUUAAAUUCAAUACUCACAAAAUUAAGUCACGGAGGAUUAGCCAGCUGACUAAGACUUUCAAAAUUUAGAUUAUGGGAAUCCGGAAUAAGACUAAAUGGAACGGUUGAUUUAGUCAAUUAUUGAGCGCUAGGAAAAUGUAGUAUAUGCUAUUGGAGAAGAAGCAUAGUUUCCUUUGAUUGACAAUAACAUAAAUAGUUUCCAAGAUUUAUGUUCUGAACUCAAUUAACAACUAUAAUUUUUAUUUGACUAUUAUGAGGAUCUUAGAAAAACAAAUGCUGCUAAAUUUAAUAGCAAUCAAGUACAAAGAUAACUUAUUAGAGAGAAAGAGAAUCUAAAUACAAUGCUUAAAUAGUAGACUGAUGAGAAUAAAGACCUUCAAGUAAGAUUUAAGCAGUAUAAUGAAGAAAUUGAGGAAUUACAGAAGAAAUUAAAUCAUUUAAAUUAGGAAAAUGCUGAUUAAAGACUCUCAAUAACACGAUAAUCACUUUCUAACAUCAAGGCACCGGCUGUUAAUCAGCCAAAUAGAACUCCCAAAUAAGUUAUCAAGCAAUUUAUUAAUCUUGAUGGGAGUCCGAAUCAGAGCUAAUUAGAUCAUGCCAGCAAUCAAGAAGAAAAUCCCAAAUAAAAUUCUAACGAGCUAGAAACAUAACUUAUAUAAAAAGAGGAGAAGUUGAAAUCGCAAACAGACUAAAUAGAAAAACUAGAAAAGGAACUAUAGGAAAUGAAAGAGGCAAAAGAAAGAUUAGACGGAUAAAAGCUGGUCAAAUAAAAAUCGAGAGAAAAUUUUAAAAGUAAAUACUACUAACUAUCUCUAAGUAAUAUUGAGGAAUCAGAUCAUGAGAGCAGUUUUAAUAAGGGUGAUUUCUUAUCAAGGAAAAUCGAAGAGAAAGAUAUGCUUAUACAGACUCUCUAAGAUAGAAUCAAGAUGCUAAUGUCCUCUUCAAAUCUAUAAAUGAAUAUUCAUAACUCUGAUACAUAUAUGCAAAACAUUCUUAAAGAAGAUUAGAACACACCAAAUAAGCAUAACUAGCAAAACUAUUUCCAUAAAUCAAGGACUAGUCUUGGAAAAUUAGAGGGCUCUUCAAGAGAUCUUUACUAAAGAGGUAUCAAUCAAUCUUUAACUAUAGAGGAGUUAUUAAGAAAACUAGAGGAAAAAGGAAAAAAAGAUAACAAAAAGCAAGUUAUGAUUUAAGAAGAUAAUGACCUAGUGUAUAAAUUUGAUGAGCUAAACAAACAAUACCAUGAUCUUUUGAAAGAAUUCAGAGCUCUAUAAAAGGAAAAAACCUUAAUUUCGAAGAUCAUGGAUGAAUUAAGUCAGGCUAACUAGAAUCUAGAUAGCGAUUUCAAGAUACUAUUCAAAUAAGUAUCUUAAAUGAAUCAAUUAAGGUAAAAAGAGGAGCAAAGCAUUCAAAGGGAAAAGAAUGAUCCCAAAGUUUUCCUUUCACAAGAAGUUGAUGAUAUUGAAUCUCUUCUGGAGUAUAUAGUUAUUUUGUUCAGGGAAAAAUAGUUUAUGUAAGCUGGAAAAAUGUGGUAAAAAAUUCAGUACUAGGAGCUGAGUGGAGUUAAAUUAGAGGAAAAUAAUCAGUAUUUGAAAGUAAUCUUAAACCUAAGAGAUGAGCAAUUAAAGGAACUUAAGAUAAACAUGAGCCCAGAAAAACUAGUUGAUGAGGGAAGAAUAAAUAGUAUGAUAAAUAGCCAUCUUAAGUAUAGAAACGAAAGAAUAGAAGAGCUUGAAACUUAGUUAGAAGAUACUGAGUACAAGAAUAAGAAUCUCCAAGAUAUGAUAACCUAACUUAAAAAUAAAAAUGAAAUUCUAGUUGGUGAAAAAGACUUUGACAAGAGAAAAAAUGACAAAAUCAAAAAGGAAAAUGAGAAUAUAAAGCAAGAGCUUAGCGAGCUAAAGGAAAAGAAAAUGGUCGAGAUUUAGGAAAAAUAUGAAAGAGAAAAUGGCUAGUUAAGAUAAGAGAUAAGAUAAUUGACCUAAGAAAAGUCUAAGCUUUAGAGUAAAAAACUAAAGGCCAAUGAGUUUAAGUAAAGAGUAGAUUUGUAAGAUGAAGAUGAUGAUGGAUUAGAUGAUUAAGAUACUACAGAUAACCAAGAGCCAGCUCCAAAGCAAAAAACAAGUUCUAUAGCCUAAGAAUACUUUAAGUUCCAGGCUGAUUAAAAGCGAAGCAGUGCAUACAAUGUAAAGAUAAAUAGUGGCGAGCCAUCUAUUAUUGGCAAAAAAGAAGAGAUAUAAAAUAGCCAUGGCUCGAUGGUCGGAGAAGAUUUUGAGUAGCAAAUGAGAAAACUGUAUGCCUAAUUUUUUACAAAUGAGUAUAAAAGUAGUUAGGAUAAGAUAAGGAAUAAAAAUUCUAUAUUUAAAGAGCUAUUUGAAUUAGCAAUAAGUGAGAUCACUAAAAAUAAAGAUAGAUAUGUUGAUACUAAGAAAAAAUCCAAGCAAUUGUAAAUUGAUGCUGCCAAAUAUUAUGAAUAAAAUAAAGAACUUAGAAAAGAUAAUGAAAGAAGCCACUCAUAUGCUAUAAAACUCAUAAUGAGAAUGGGGUGUUAAAGUUAAGGGAAGGAGCAUCUAUAGGAUUUAGAAAAGCUUAAGCUAAUUUAACUUCUAAAGCUAGUUUCCUAAAUGCUUUAGGAUAUUGAGGAUAAAGAUAAAAGAAUGCAGUCAUUUAAAUAAACUUUGACCCACGAAGGAGAAGAUAUAUAAGAUGACUUCAUGGAAAAAUUAUCCAAAGAAGAGGCUUUGCAAAUGCUUAAAGAACUUUCAUCUGAAAAUGAAAAUCUUGUUAUGAGUUCUCAGAAAUUCAAUAAUGAACUUCAAUUAAUAGCUAAAGAAGUGAAGGAACUGUAAAAAGCAAAUGAAGACUUAGUCAGUGAAAACAAUAAGCUUCGUAGAUAUGUAAAGAAGAUGAAGGAGAAAAUGAGCGCUAGGGAAUCGUUAAUCGAAACUCCAAUUCAAUAGCCAAUAACCUAAAAUCAGAGUUAAAAUGAUCUCUCCAAUGGCAACUAAUUUAGAACAUUAGACUCUAGACAGAGCUAUGAUCCAAAAGAAAGACAAAAUUUUUCUGAGAUAAAAAAUUAAAAAGUUACUCCUACUAUGUUUAAAUAUGAAAGAGAUAGAUACGCUACCUAGAGACUAAGCUAAGGACAGUAAGAAAUGUAAAAAACGAUAAACAAAUAGAUUAAAUUAUCAAAAAAGCCACCUAGAGAACCUAAUAUGAUUCACUAUACUUCAAGCCAACCUAAAUCUAUCAACCCUAACAAGAAGUAUUUGGACACUCAUAUUAACAGCAAGUUUAAAAUUGAUCAAGCCCAUAAGACCAAUAAUUCUUAAUUUAGUUUUUCCAAUGAAUUUACUAAUCUUUCAAUGAGCAAUAGAAUUCAUAACUCCUACAAUGAUGGCUAAUCCUCUUCUUAAUACUUGCCCUCAUCUAUGACUCCAACUAAUAAAAUCUCAGAUUAUUUCCAUAACCUUGAAAAUGCUUUAGCAAAUUAUGAAUCAGAGAGAAAUGAGCUUCGCAAGACCUCUUAGUUCCCCAUAGGUGAAAAUGACUACACUAAUCAAUCUAUCCACACCUAUGAAUUAUGUAGAGGCAAAGUGAUAGAAAAUAAUUAAAAUUUGAGUGAGGAUUAUCUGAAUGCACCGAUUGGCUCAACAAAAUAUAAUAGCACUAAUCUCAAUCCAAAUAAUUCUAAGAAAAUAAUAGCUUUAAGACAUCACAUGCCAAUCCUUAGUAUCAAUGGAAGUAAAAAUGAGUUAUCUUCUUAGAAUUAGAGAAUGUAUUGA